GUCAAUUCGAAGGGCGUGCACAACAAACCCCUGUCGGUGUCAUUGAGUUCCUCUUCUCUCCCCGCCACAGGUCGUGACUCCUUUUUUCGGAGCCGACAGAGAGGACGGCAUCAGCUCGCUGUCGGUUGACCUGGGGCAUUCAUGUGUUUUUCUUCUUGUUCCCGCCCUUUUCUUUUUCUUUUUAUAUCUCGAUCCUGAGGAAUCAUCUUCUCUUCUUCCAUUUCUCCGUAUCCUCAGGCCUCGACCUGCUUUUGUUUACACAAGUUGGCGUCUGUCCUGUCCUGGAGCGCUGGCUGUGGACAAGGGGGGUGAUGUCUAUCGUCUGUCUUUAUACUUGACCUGCCCCUUCCAGACGAACGCUUCGAAGGGCGUCCCCUGCCAUCAGCUACUGCCUCCAUACUACCCUGGAGUCGUCUCCCAUUGGUUCGUGUGCCUGGGGAGUCGACAAACUUAGUCUUUCCGACUUUUCAUCACUCGGCUCUUUGACAUCCAAGGGCGCGCCUCUUCCUGCCAUCUUUUACCUGUAUUCAGGCCUGACGCAGCCUCCCAACCCGCAAGGGCGUGUCUUGAGCCCGCCCUCUCCACCCGCGCCCUAUGCCGGUUGUGCCCGAGGAGACCGCCUCAGAUCUUGCAAUGGACGAGUUCAUCGACUGGGACAAGGCCGGGUCCCCGGCACUGGCCGGCGGCCUUGGCCUCGACAUGCCUCGGCCCCAGCCACACAUAGGCAGCGACCCUGACAUGGACCUCCUGUUUUCGAACGUCAACGGAGACGACUUCUCCUUCUGGGCCCUGGAGCACUUUGCCAACUCGGCCAACUCGGCCAACGCUCUCCCCGCCGACGACCUCCUCGCUUCCAUUGGGCCCCAAACAAUGGCCCCAGAAGGGCCAGACCUUCCCGAGUCUCCGUGCUUCCAGUGCCGCUUGCAUGGGUACUCGUGCAAAACGAUCCACGAGGGUAAAUACAAGGGCUAUUGUACCAGUUGCGUCGCCCUCCGCGUUGGCUGCAGCCAGGCCUUCGACAUGGGCCAAGGUGCUUGGCCUCCCAACGAGAAUUUCCCCCUGAACCCCUGGCCGGUCGCUGGAGACCAUCCCAACGCCAUCUUCCAGCCCAUGACAAGCAUAUCGUCGUCUGUGCCAGAUAUGAUGGCGCCGCCGACAACGUCACUGUCCUCACUCUCCGAGGCGUUGCCAGCCGUCCCGAACCCCGGCACCUCCGCAUCUUCCUCCCAGCCCCCUACUCAGCCCCCUACCCCCGGGCCAGGAAAAGUUGGGGCACGCCUCUCUAAAGAGGCUGUGCGCAUCUUGAAGAACUGGUAUUCGACUCACAGCCGACAUCCCUACCCGAGCGACGACGAAAAGGAGUCGCUGCAGCGCCUCACCGGGCUGAGCAAGCUGCAGAUCAGCAACUGGCUCGCCAACUAUCGGCGCCGGAGCAAGUACACCCAGCCCCGCUCUACAUCACCCAAUGUCCGAAGCCACUCGAUUCUUGGGAGCAUAGAAAUACCACGCAGACGGGGCACACCGUCACCCCUCGACAUUCGCGGGCCCACGACGUACGAGGACCUGAAUCCGCUGCAGCGUUGGCAGGUCUCUCCACCCGAGAACGAGCCUGCCUCUGCCACAGAUAUUGCCAGGGCCAUCUCGGCGUCUUCUGGCGUGUCGUCGGGGCUCGGCAGCCCCUUCAGCGCUCCGUACACGGACGACGGCUCUGGGAGGUCCCAGGGCCACCCCUCGUCGGCAAGCAGCCUGGGCACGUCGCGCAGCAGUGGCGGGUCGCUUGCUUCGGCCUUCUCGUUUGGCUCGCGCAACUCGCUCGGAUCUCUGGGGUCGCUGCCGCGUGGCAGGCGCCGCAGGAGGAAGCGGCCGGCGGCUACCGGCCCCAGCGGCUCCAAACGUAUCCCUCUAUCUCAGCCUCUCAAGACCUUCCAGUGUACUUUCUGUACCGAAACGUUCAGGACCAAGCACGACUGGGGUCGGCACGAGAAGUCCCUCCACCUCUCCCUCGAGCGCUGGGUCUGCUGUCCCAAGGGGGCCAAAGCGUUCAACCAGGAGGCGAAGCAGAUCCAGUGCGUGUUCUGUGGCGACGCAAACCCAGACGAGGCGCACCUGGACACGCACAACUUUGCGCCGUGCCAGGAGAAGAGCAGGGACGAGCGGACCUUCUACCGCAAAGACCAUUUGAGGCAGCACCUGAAGCUUGUUCACAAUGCCAAAUUCACGCCUUGGUCCAUGACGUCCUGGGAGGAAACGACAGCCGAGAUCAGGUCCCGAUGUGGUUUCUGCGGCAUCAUAAUGGAUUCUUGGAGCAUCAGGGUCGAGCAUCUGGCCGAGCACUUCAAGACGGGUAACACCAUGGCGGACUGGAAGGGAGACUGGGGUUUCGAAGGCCCCGUGCUUGACAUGGUCCAGAGCGCCAUCCCGCCUUACCUGAUUCACGAGGAGAGACUGUCGCCACUGCCGCUAAUGUCGUCGAUGGGCCCUGCGGAGAGCCCAGUGAACGCGUACGAUCUGAUAAAAUACGAGCUGAUGUACUGGGUCGAGGGUCUACACGAAGAUCCAACCGUCGAGGCGCUGCAGCUUGAAGCCUGUCGCAUAAUAUUUGGGGCAGAGGCGCUCUCGUACAAGGAUCUGUCCUCGGUUCCCUCGUGGCUGAGCGACUUGAUCAUGUCCCGGCCAGACCUGAGGGUCCAGGCCAUGAUGGGGCCCAUAAGGGGGCCGUCCGACAGCCAAAUGGGCCGCCUGACGGUUAACGGCAAGGACAACAUAUUCGACGAUUGCCCGCUGGAGAGGCAGCUGCGCGACUAUGUGAACUCGAGGAUGAUGCUCGGGUUGUGCGCCACCGAUAGUGAACUCCAGGCCGAGGCAUGCAUGAUCGUGGCCCGUAUGGAGGAAUCGACGAGCACCCCUUCCGAGAUGAUCGCCAACCUCCUCAUCAGACUCAUACAAGGAUCCAAGGCCUGGCUCGCCCCAUUUCGGCAGCGGGCGCACAUACCGAGGUCCGAGGACAUGGCAGAUGAAGACCGGCGACCGCUGGAUGGCAACAGCCUCGACUCCACCAUCCACAACUACAGCAGGCUAGAGAGAGAGCUAGCCGAAUACGCGCGGGAGCAGAUGGCGCUCGGCAUUCAGUUGCACGAUGCGGGCUUGCAGGAGAAAGCUCGCUGCAUCAUAUACGGAAGCAACGACGGCUGGAAUCAGACGGCGGCAGACAGCCCCGUGUGGCUUUCCGGCUUCAAGAAACGGCUCGGCGAGGCUGCGGCAGCCACGAACCCGCCGGCUGCUUGCACCAUGUCCGAGAUGCUCAUCGGCAGCCCGUCACCUACACGUGUCGGGGGCACACAGCAACAGCUCGGGCUUUGUCAUGUGAUGGCCCCAGGCGGCUCGUCGGGUGUCCGCAAGGUCGGGUGUGUCGGUCGGAGCAGGUCAGGCAAGCUCUUCCUGAACGACAUGAACUGCUACCGCAGGCUGGAAAGAGAACUGAGUCGGUGGGUCGGGGGCUUGAUAUCACCAAACAACCCCAACCGCCACGUGCCUACAGAUGAGGAAAUCAAGCAUCAAGCUCGGUGGAUCCUCUACGAGGACGAUGAUCCUUGGAACAACACAGCGGCAGAUAACGCCGAGUGGCUGCGACGCUUCAAGCGCGACAAUGGCCUGCUCCCAGACAGCCCUGGGCCCGGCCUGGGCGACACCAAAUCCUGGUCCAUCCAGCAGGGCGGCACCGGGUUCGCGCCGCCGUACGCCUACCCGCGGGCGGGGCGCUCCAUCACGGCGCUGACCCCGCUGGGCACCGAUGGCGACGGGGGCGGGAGUGACGGGGGCGGGAAAGUGCAGCUGACGAUACACGAGGGGGCCAAGCCGUUCGAGACGGAGCAGCGCACGGUGGACAAGUUCCUGCGCACUGCGGCGACGCGGUACCCGCCGGCGGCGGCCGUCUUUUGCUCCCGCGAGCUCGAGAGCGGGCUCGCCGAGUUCGCGCGCGCCGGCAUGCGCGCGUCGGCGACGGGCGACCUGCCCCCGGACGAGGCGCUCAGGGCCAGGGCGUGCGAGAUCCUAGAGACGGACGCGACGGCGGCCGACGACGCGGUGCUGCUGGAGAAGUUCAAGGCCAUGAUCAGGGGGGACGCGGGUCAGGAGUCUCCUCCUCCUGUCGCGGCGGCGGCGGCUGCGGCGGCCGAGGGCAUCAGCGACGACUCUGGUCUCGGGGAGGGACUGUUCCCGGUGGGGAUGGAUCUGGAUCUGGAUCUGACCAGCUUCACCAACUCGCAGAUGGACGACAUGUUUCCUGAUAUGGAUUUUGACGACGGCGGCGCGGCCUUGGCUGGGAGCCCGAGCGGGGUCUUGUUCUGAUGGCGGCUACUGUGUGGUUUUUUUGAUCAUGACCCGUUUAUGAUUUACGCGUUCAAAUAAAAACACAAGAGGUACCACGAUAUCACGAUAUAUGCGGGCCUGAAGCUGACAACAUGAAGUCAUUUUGUGAUGGUUGUGAUGGAUGCUCCUCCCCCAAGCCGUAGAGAUCAC